AUGGCAAAAAUAUUACCGGAGAAGAGUUCAAAUAAUGUUGCCGUUGUUACUGGUGGUAGUGGUGGGCUUGGGUUUCAGUUGGCACUAUCAUUGGCUAGCUAUUAUGUUACGGUAAUUUGUUUAGACAUGUUUAUCCCAGUUAUCCAAAAUUAUGAAAAUAUCAAUUUUUACAAAUGUGACAUUAGUAAUUUUGAAGAGGUCAAAAAGAUGAAACAGUGUAUUAAUCAGAGGUAUGGAACAGUAAAUAUUUUAGUAAACAAUGCAGGUAUUACAGAAAUAAGUGAAUUAGUUAAUGUUCCUGAAUUACGUAUACACACUGUUUUACAAGUUAAUUUAAUUGGGCCAUGUAUUACGACGCAAAUAUUUUUGAACGAUAUUCUUCAAUCAAAGAAAGGUGCAAUAAUAAAUAUAUCUUCAGUACUCGGAAUAAUUACACCGGCGAGAUUGACUUCCUAUGGGGCUUCAAAAUCUGGUUUGAUAUGUUUCCACAGAUGCCUUGAAAGGAAUUUACGAGCCAAUUUAGAGCUUCAAAGAUCAAAAAAUAAAAUUAAAAUGAUACUUGUAUGUCCUGGAAAAAUUCAAACAGAACUUUUUAUUAAUGUAAAGACACCAUCUUCACUCAUUGCCCCGGAUAUUGAUCCUAAAAAACUAGCUAACCAGGUUGUUAAGACUCUAUUCGAGUCUCCGUUACCUUUUGUUACUAUUAUGAUGCCAUAUUACUCUAAUUUAAUUCCAACAAUAAUGAAACUUAAUACCAGUUAUAUACAUAUAUUAAAAUAUUUAAGUGGAAUGAAUGCUGCUACAAAAAACCAAAAGUAA